AUGGGAAGAAGAAGAAAAGGCAAGCACGGAACUUACCAAGUGGCGGUGACUAUUAUCGAGGCUAAAUACUUAGCACAAAAUUCCAACCCGAUGGUAGUGGUAAAAGUCGGGCAUCAAAAGAAAAAAACCAUAAUAAGAAAUCGCACCGAUUCUCCUUAUUACAACGAAUAUUUUAUAUUUAAUUAUACGGGAGACUUUGAUACAUUUCUCCAUACCAGGAUUUCGAUAUCCGUGUACUUGAAGAGAUGUAUGAGGCUCAAGUUCCACGGGGGAAUAUUUUUUGAGGUUUCUACUGUUUGGGACCAACCAGCUCACGAGUAUUAUCACAAAUGGGCGAUGUUAACAAAUCCUAAAGAUCCUACGGGUGGUCCAAAAGGGUACGUCAAAUGUAACAUUGGAAUUAAUGCAAAGGGUGCGACUAUUCCGACUCAUCUAGAGACUGAUAAAGAAGAAGACAUCGAAGGAAAUCUAUUGAUGCCAAUAGCGAAUUUUUGCGCGACAGGUCGUCAAAAGGCGCAUUAUAUAUUUAUUGUAUUUCGAGCGGAUGGAUUACCAUGUAAAAAUACGAGUCAUUGCUGUGGGAACUCCGAUAACAUUGUUAAUCCUUUCAUUCAAAUAUCAUUCGCUGGAAUGAAAGGUGAAACGAGUUGUCACACCGAGAGUUACACUCCACGCUUCAACGAAAAAAUAAUAUUCACUGAAAUGUUUCCACCUUUAUCAUAUCGCGCUCGAAUUGCUUUAAAAGACAAAGUAGAUAGUUGCCGUUCAAAGACACUGGCAACCUUCACGCUCAACCUCGCCAAGUUAUCGAAUUCCAGUGAAUAUGGAUUUCUGCCAACAUAUGGGCCAUCCUUCAUUCAGUUUUACAACGGUACUAGCGAAGGUUCCGAAUUUUCGUGUGUAUCCAAGUGUCAGAAUACGCGACCUAUUUAUCAAGGUAGAGUGCUUCUUUCUCUGAAAACAGAAAUUGAUGAUUCAGAAGCCCCUAUUUUUACUGGAGUGGAUUCUGAGCCAACGGCUCCAAUUAUUGAGAACAAACUAUGGUCUACGGAAGAGUAUUUGCUGGUUGGAAUCGUGUACGAUGCCAACAUGAUCGACCGAUCGAGAUUUAUGAGGAAACCUAUUAGUUUCGAAAUAACUAUCGGGAAUGUUGGGAGUAACAUUUUUCCGUCCAAAAUGGAGACUUAUGAUCAGUUAUCGAAUCAAGUAAUACUCGACAAACGUCCUGCUUUCGUGAGCUCCACUGCACCUAGAUUAACAGCCACGACAGAUGGCAAGUUUAAUUACCUUCCACUUGGAUCCAAUAAACCUUGCAUGUACGUUAAAUCCUGGUGGCCAAACUUGGAAUGGAGAGUGUCUAAUACCAACAGUCUUUCAUAUAUCGCCAACUUCCUCGAGAAUAUGCUAAGCGAAUUAGAAACACUAAUUGCCGUAGAAAAUCCAACGACAUAUGAAACUUAUAACACUGUAAUUGAGUCAUUAAAACGUUACUGUAUGGAAUACUUGUCUAUAUUGGAUACCGAUAUAUACUACGAGAAUGGCGGAACCACGGAAUUGGACAGGCACCGGAUUAAUCUGUGCCACUAUUGCAUACAAGAUAUAAUCACGAUGAUAAAUGUCAACGGCAAGCUUCUCAACAAUAAUUACAUCAAAAUAGCAAUGUUGCAUGCAUACAAGUAUCUGACAAGUAUAAGACAGAUUUCUAAAGACCCACAGCAUUCAUUUCCGGAUGUUUUUAUUUGGAUGAUAGCCGGCAGUAAAUACGUAGCAGUAGCGCGUCUACCAACGUCGGAAAUUAUUUUCGCUGAGGACAAAAUGUCACGGGGAACCAAGUGUGGCCAGAGAAUAAAUUUAUUUAUGAAAGAUAUAACCGAUGGAUUUGUUGACGAAAGUGUCGAUUACAGCGCGUGUAAUAUUGAAAUUUUUUUGUGGUUCGGAAAUGCUAAAUUUGCAUCUGCUUGCUGGAGUGCAAUCCCCCACGGAUAUGAUGUCGAGCACUCUGUAAACAUGGAAUUAUUUCCCAAGUCUCUCAACUAUACAACGACCUCGAAAUUCCAACUGCGAGCUCACAUUUUCCAGGGGCGAUUUGACUCCGGCCUGGACGCGACGGGUUUAAUGGAUCCAUUUAUUCGCAUAAUAUUUCACGGAUACACAGCGACUACCCGAACAAUCAAGCAAAGUUUAGCUCCAGUCUGGGACGAGACGUUAGUAUUUCCCCGUAUUGAUCUGUAUGGGAUGAGAGAGAGUAUAAAGUCAAUGCCACCUCAAGUCAUAAUAAAGGCAUUCGAUUGGGAUUUCUGCGUGAGUUUUAUUACCGGGCCGAAGGAAUUCUUUGGCAGAUGUAUCGCAGUCCCAGUUGUUAAGUUUAAAGAAGAAACAUAUUCGCCCCCGGAAUUCCCCCCGACUUUAAUUUGGUACAAACUCGAGACUCAGUCCGAUUUCCAGGGAAGUGUUUUGGCAGCCUUUGAACUUAUUGAAAUAGGAGGUGACACUGAUAUUCUCCUGACUCCCUCGAAGGAAUCGAUAACAUAUAAUCUACCUCACGAUAUUCGCCCGGUGAUGAGAAGUCAUCGUCUGGAAGUUAUUUUCUGGGGAAUAAGGGACAUGAAAAAAAUUAAUUUCGCACGUGUUAAUAGACCUAGAGUCGUUGUAGAGUGCUCUGGAGUUCAAGUAAAGUCGGAAAUUAUGAAGAAUGCCAAGAAGUUCUCCAAUUUUCGUCAUAUUCAUGUCAUUGUUGAGUUGGAUUUACCUGAAAAGGACAUUUACUACCCGCCGAUCACAAUCCAGGUUUAUGACACUCGAAAACUCGGAUGCACUAAGUACGCAGGUGUCUGUAUAAUCCCGACGGCUCAUAUGUUUCUCGAGAAACUGAUCCCCGAAACAGAGUACAAUUACAAAAUUUACGAUCAUGAUGAUGUGGGACAGUCUUAUUUCAGAAAGCCUAUCUCCGAACUUAUUUUGCCCUUACCCAUCGGCUACGAUCUUGAAAGAGAAGGAACGAAAAGUUUGAUGAGUUUAAAAGAACUCUCUAAGCCAAGAUUUAAUUAUCGAAUGAUGCAGUUCUGGACUAUCAUUAAAGAAUUUUUAUGUAGCAGCAAAGAUCAAACGGAACAUGAAGAGGAGAAUUAUGAAGCAGAUGAAGACGAAAGUUAUGACUGGUGGAGCAAAUAUUUCGCGUCGCUCGAGGAAGAGCGGAAUCGGGAACUUGGAGAAAAUAAAAUACUCCCACCCGGACAGAAACCUAUUGCGACAUUUCGGAUCUACUCGAUGGAAUUAGAGAUGCAGCCAGAGUUCAAGCGUUUUCAAGAAAAGCUAACUACAUUCGAAUUAUCACGAGGAAAAGACACCGGAUGCAGUGAGCAAGAUAAAAAAAACAUCUCCGGUAAAUUCAAGGGACACAUUUCGAUUUACCCUUGGUCUUUUUUGGAUAAAACUAAAUACAAAACCAAAAGUGGACGGGACGUGUCCUACGGAUUUCUUUCGGAUUAUCCACCCCAAGAGCCGGUUAAACUUAUUGUGCGUCUCUAUGUCAUAAGAGCAAUUAAUUUACACCCUUGUGACCCACUCACUGGAAAGUCUGACCCAUAUUUGAUCAUGAAGCUUGGAAAAAAUGUUAUUAGUGAUCAAAGCAAUUACAUUCCAAAUCAAUUGAAUCCUAUUUUUGGAAAAUAUUUCGAAAUGGAGGCAGAGUUCCCUCGAGAUCACACGCUAAUAGCCCAAGUGUGGGACUGGGACGCAAUGUCAGCGGACGAUUUGAUUGGUGAAACGGAAAUCGACAUUGAGAAUCGAUACUACAGCGAUCAUCGUGGUUGCUGUGGGAUAUCUCGAACAUACAGCACAUCCGGGUAUAAUGCCUGGCGUGAUCGUGAGAAACCCACCCAGAUCCUGGAGUCCCUCUGCAAGCGGAACAACUUACCGUCACCGGAGUUUUCAAACUCUCGUGUAACAAUUGGAAAACAAGAAUUUCCAUUUCAUGCGACAUUGAAUACUGCAGACGAGCAGGAGUUGAGAGAACGCAUGGCAUUGAAUGUACUUCAUCAUUGGGAACAUUUUCCAAUCUGUGGCCUGGCAUUAGUUCCGGAACAUGUUGAAAGGCGUCCAUUAUUCAACGUCGAGCGCCCAGGACUUGAACAGGGCAAAUUGGAGCUUUGGGUGGACAUGUUCCGUAUCGAUGACCUACCACCAAAGCCACCCAUCAACAUAACUCCCCAAGCUCCAGAGGAGUAUGAGCUACGUGUCAUUAUUUGGAACACAGAGGAUGUACCGCUGGUUGACAAUCAAUUUCUCACGGGGGAAAAAUGCUCCGACAUUUACGUUAAGGGGUGGAUCAUGUACGAGGAUUUGCAGAAGACUGAUGUCCAUUACAAUUCACUAAGCGGCGAGGGAAACUUUAAUUGGAGAUUUAUUUUUCGGUUCAUGUAUUCCAAGUCCGAGAAUCUUAUGAUCGUCAAAAAAAAAUUGUCCAUUUUUGCGAGAGAUGAAACUGAGCAGAAGAUGCCGUGUAAGUUGAAUCUCCAAGUUUGGGACAACGAUCAUUUUUCUCCUGAUGAUUUUCUAGGUGCAUUAACGAUGGAUUUGUCAAGAAUGCCACGCGGCAGUACUAAUUCGAAAAACUGCACUUUAAAGGUCACGGAUCCAACAUCUCCAAUGGUCAGUCUAUUUAAAGUCAAGCGUAUUAAAGCUUGGUGGCCAUUUAAUUUCGUCACUCCUGAAGGACAAACUAUUCAAGCGGGCAAAGUGGAGAUGGAAAUGACUUUGGUGCCUAUUGCAGAAGCCGAGGAGAAACCCGUGGGAAAAGGUUGGGAUUCGCCUGAUCCCCUUCCGCAACCAGACCGACCUGACACCUCAUUUUCCUGGUUUCGUAAUCCUUGGAAAGCAUUCUGCUUCGUGGUCUGUCGCUAUUACAAAUGGAGAAUGAUUUGCUGCUGCUCAACGUUUUUGUUCAUUCUGUUGUUUUGCUGCGCCCUCUAUGCGUUCCCCGGUUACCUUGUUAAGAGAAUAUUGGGUGCUUAA